AUGUUUGAAGUCUUGAGGAAACAACCAGGUAAUUUUGAAGUUUAUGCUCCACGCGAGUUGGCUAAUGAGAAGUCUCGACGGAGUCGUAAUUUCAACCUAGAAAGACUAUUGCCUUCUUCUGACUGGGUGAGGAGCGCAUGGCAGCCUUCUGAAGAGGAAUUACUGUCAUCUUCAGGUUUGGACGCUGUGGUGUUCAUGCGGAUUUUCAUCUUCAGUUUCAGAGUUUUUACUGUUGCUGGUAUUAUUGGGCUCUUCGUUAUUCUUCCAGUGAACUUCUCGGGUGAUCAGCUUGAGGAUUUUGACUUUUCUAAUUUUACAAAUAACUCUUUGGACUUAUGUAGCAUUUCAAAUGUAAAAAACGGCUCACAAAGGUGCAUGGAUUACACAUCGGGGUUCUUUACCAAUGCCAUGGAACAUCAUCUUGUAAAACUUGAAAGACUCCAAGAUGUGGCUAUUUGUUUUCUGGGUAUUGCAGCAAGAGUUGGAGGAGUUAUAAACUCCUUUGGCCUUUCAUUUGAAGAGAAUUCUGCUGCCACUCUCUUUUUCUGGUUUCUUUUUCUUUCUUCUAACCAUUAA